AUGGGGGAAAAUAUCAUUGCCUAUUCAUCAAUAUCGGAACGAGAUCCAAAUGAUAUGAUCAAUGAGAUACGGAGGAAACGAAAGGACUUAAUGAAAGGAUUACCUAAACCAAACUUUAUAAGACUGAAAGUCAUCAGUAUGGGAGAAUCGGAAGUUGGCAAGAGUUGUCUCAUCAAACGUUAUUGCGAAGAACGAUUUGUUCCGAAAUAUACUGGUACCAUCGGAGUGGAUUUUGGAGUUAAAAAAGUAAUGAUUGAUGGUCGGGAAGUUCGAGUAAAUUUUUGGGAUUUAAGUGGACAACCAGAAUUCUUUGAGGUUCGAAAUGAAUUUUAUAAGGACACUCAAGGGGCUGUUCUUGUUUUCGAUGUCAGCUCAAGAUCAUCUUUCGAAGCACUAGAUGCCUGGUUGGCAGAAUCAUCAAAAUAUGGUGCCAAGGGAUUAUUCAUUGCUGUUUGUGGAAACAAAACAGAUGAGAAAAACAGAGUUGUUACAGAAAAAGAGGGUAGAGAUUGGGCAGAAAAGAAUGGUUUGAGUUAUUUUGAGACUAGUGCACAAAGUGGAGCCAAUGUACAAUUAAUGUUUGAUACUCUAUUCAGAGAUAUUAUUGCUCACAUGUAUUCGUGA